GCCCCACCUCCACCUGUAAAGUGUAAGAUCCGAUGUGUCCUCCAAUCUAUCAAUGUUGUCUAACACAUCACUAAGAAUUCGUGCUUCUGGAUGACAGAUUAGAUCCUUUUAUAUAUCACUAAAAUCCACUCACCGAUUGCCUCUAUACUCGAGAGACCACCUAGCCUGCAACGGCACCAUGCACCGCGCGUGAUUAAUAACCGGAGCAAGCGUAUCUGCGGAAAACACUAACAACAUCAACACCAGUCAACCAGAUCAUGGAGGGCCUCUUCACACUGCUCAUCUUGAGCGUCGUGAUGGCUGUCACAUCCUUUGUCGUCGGUGCAUUACCACUCAGUUUCACAUUAUCGCCGUCGCAGCUACGAUUUAUCUCCUCUUUGGGAAUGGGUGUCCUGGUCGGCACGGCCCUUGUCAUUAUUAUCCCAGAAGGAGUCGAGACACUCUACAGUUCACAACAUAAGACCCAAUCAAGUCUCCAAUCGCGCGCUGUUGACGUACGAUGGCAGCAUCAGAGUAUGCCUGCUAUCCUCCCUGAAAUCGCUACCAUGCCUGGGCCUGUCAUACCUGGGGCCGAAUCUGCAGUGGCAUUUGAUUUGGAAUCAGAAAAAUCGAAGAGGGCAGAAUCAGAAGAAGAGGAUGCAACCGAACCGAACGAGAAAAACGCUAAGGAUCACGAGGACGAGGACGGGGCGCUUCAUGCCUGGAUAGGCAUUUCGCUCAUCAGCGGGUUUAUUUUGAUGUACCUGAUUGACAAGCUCCCGGCAUACGUGACGCCGCCGAAGCCACGUCGUCUACCGUACCAUAUCUCGUUGGAUAACCUGGGCGCGGCUGGACUGCGCAGAAGCUCUUCACCGACUCGCGAUGGGGGCCUGCUGGAGAAUGACAGCAGCCAUGGUGGCCAUGCGUCAAAUCCGCAUAGCUUCGCCAUGACCACCGGGUUGGUCAUCCAUGCCGCAGCAGAUGGCAUUGCGCUUGGUGCAUCAGGCUCGAAUUCGAGCCUGAGCUUUAUCAUCUUCCUGGCGCUGCUUGUCCAUAAGGCGCCCGCCGCGUUUGGACUCACCUCCGUGCUCUUGAAGCACGGACUUACGAGUCGCGCGGCGCGCGGCCAUUUGCUAGUCUUCAGCCUGGCCGCCCCGAUGGGAGCGCUUCUGACGUUCCUUGCUAUACACACUCUGGGGUCAGGGUUUGGGGGCGAUGAAAGCUCAAACCGGUGGCGCACGGGUGUGUUGCUUUUAUUCUCUGCGGGCACAUUUUUAUACGUUGCCAUGCAUACGAUGCAAGAAAACGCGCCUCACUCAUCGCGCGAGUUGCACAGCAAUGGCUACGCCGACUCUCGUGAUGCCCCCAAGCACAAGGAAUCGGUGAGAGACCUCGCAGUCUCAGUCGUUGGCAUGGUCCUGCCACUGUUCCUGCAGAUCGGCCAUGCGCACUAGUUUUUGGAUAGGACAUAGACUGGAUUUACGAAUGUGUUGUAAUUUGGAAGUGCCAUUAACUGUUACGCCGUUGUAUAUCUGUAAAAUAGACCUUUUUGUUCCCGCUAUGAUGCUGCAUAUCAUUGAUGCAAUUUGAUCUAAAUA